GGCGCGUCUCCGCAGCUAGGUGGCGGACUGGUUACGCUCUCCGGCUGCUUUUUUCUUUUUUUUGCCCACUUCUCUCUCUCAGGGAAAGUUACAUCGCUCCCGCCAGAUCUAAUGGCUCAUCUUGCUCUCGCGUGUACGCGAGCUGUCGGGACGGCGGGGGCGCGCACGCCUUUAAUGCUGCGUUCCAUUUACCUCGGAAGUCGGAACUCGGAACUGGGAAUUACGUCACAGCCGAGUUAUCAGCGUUCCAGUUACAAAAUCAUGGCCCUUCACAGACUGAGUCUGAGGCUACGUCCCACGAUAACACAUGUCAGAUCCCUUCAUACCAGUGGAUGCAGGCGGCAGCAGGAGCCUGUGGCUGCGGAGUCAGAAGAUGAGCCGUUCUUAGUCUUCAGAACUCAGGCGAAUGAUCCGGCUUCCCAGUCAGAGAAACAUAUGGGACAGUUCUACACCGUACCUCCUGCACACAUCCGUCCUCUGUUCCCUCAUGGUCUCCCGCGGCGCUACCAGGAACAGGUGAAGACGUUUAAUGAAGCUUGCAUCAUGGUCAGGCCGCCAGCCCUGGAGGUCAUUUCUUGUUUGAAGAAAACAGACUACACCAAACCUGCUCCGAGAUUUUUAUUUUAUGGGUUGCAGGGGACUGGGAAGACAAUGUCACUUUGUCACACAAUCCACUUCUGCUAUACACAGGGAUGGCUGGUGCUACACAUACCUGAUGCCCACAUCUGGAUGAAGAACUGUAAGGAACUGCUCCCAUCAUCCUAUAAUACAUCACGCUUUGAUCAGCCUUUACAAGCCACAGCAUGGUUACGCAACUUCAGAGUCACCAGCGAACCUUUCCUCUCUAAGAUAAAAACAAAGCAGCGCUAUGUUUGGACGAAGAGGGAGUUCACAGAGGAAGGACGUCCACUCGGAGAGCUGGUGGAUCUGGGCAUAUCUCGUGUGAAGAGCAGCAGUGACGUGGUGGGGGCCGUGAUGAAGGAGCUCAGGCUACAAAGUGGGCAACCAGGCGCAGAGUUUCGCUUGGCGGUGGCAGUGGAUGGUGUCAAUGCCCUGUGGGGACGAUCCACCAUUAAGAAGGAGGAUAAGAGUGCUGUGGAACCAGAAGAGCUCACUUUGGUUUAUAACCUGAGAAAGCUGAUGAAGAAUGACUGGACUGGAGGUGCCAUCAUUGCCACUCUGUCUCAGACGGGGUCUCUCUACAUGCCAAAAUCUGUCUACUUACCCCAAGAGCUGCUCGGAGAGAAGGGGUUCGAUAGCAUGGAUCCAUUCGUCCCGGUGAUGGUGCCCAACUAUAGCGAGAAGGAGUUUGAGAGCUGUUACCUUUACUUUACGGACCGCCACUGGCUCCAGCAUCCACAGAGCCACACAGAAGAAGGAAAAAAAGAAAUCAUCUUCCUGAGCAAUAGGAAUCCAUCCAUGUUUGACAGGAUUUGUGGCUUCUUAUGAUGUCAUAGAAAUAUUUAAAUAUCGCUGUACCAGAAAUACUGUAAACACAAAAAUCCAUGUCCAUACUAUUUGCCCCGCUGUAAAUUAUAAUGCACUGAGUUGCUUUGAUAAUAAAAUGUUAACCUUCUGCAGUUUACUUUUUAAUUAUGCAGACAAGCUAAAAAAUACAAUUUAUGUAUUGCAAUAAUGAAAAAUGCCUUUUCUGUUAAAGAACAACAGUUUUUUAUGCUCAGCAUACAGUUUUUGUUACAGGCCUGGGCUGUGGGCAGGUCUCUACACCACCUACAAUCUUUUGAAAACAGUUAAAACACCAAGCUAUCCUGUUGUAAUAUGUAUAUAAUAUGUGUCUGGGCUGUCUUGUUAUGAGCAAGAGCCAACCUGAGGGAAGUGUCAUCUUAAAAGACAGAAAUGUUGCUCUAAAGCAUCUGUAGUUCAGUGCUCAUUGUGCUUUCAGUGACGUCCAAGUUACAUGUGGCAUGUGAAUGAAUACCUCCAUCCAUCUCUGUUUACUCUCUGAAUUGAGUUGAGAAAAUACAAAUGGUCCCAUUCUUCAUUUUCAGCAAAGACCAUGUCCAUAAUUUUCAAGAAUGUUUUCAGACCAAACGAGUUAUUCACUUGGCAUCAGUCCUACUUAAAUUAGUUAACACCCACAGAUGGAGCAAAAUUUCUGUUUUCAAUCUUUUUUUCUUUGCAUAAGAUAAAUCAUUAACCUAUUCCUGCACAUGGGUCGAUAAGUUAUGUUUACUGGCAACAGUUUUCAGAAAUCCUUGCUUUUAGGCUUUUUCCUUCAGAGAUGUCUCAGGAUUCUCUGAAUUGUAAUUAAUAUUAAUUGUAGAUUAUUAAAAUCCCCAACUGUAUGAUGAUAAACAUUGU